AGAAGCGCAUAAGAGGAAGCAAACAACGGAAAGGAAGUCUAUUUAAAGAAGUCACUGCUAAAGUUUCACACCAGACCUUUUAAUGAACGUUUUUACGAUAUUUCAAGUCCACGGAAAUACAGAGAGUAAAGUAUUUUCAAGAAAACCUUUGUAAAUGUUCAAGGAUAUUGGCUCAUUGCAUUUCCUUUAAUCUCACAGGACUCUCCUGAGCCAGUUACUUUAAACACAUCAGCUUACAUCUUGUUUUAUUUUUCCUCAUAAUUAUAAUAAUUAGCUUUACUCCAUAUACAAAUGAACAUUUACAGAUGGCAAAUGCUAUCUAACAAAGUUACGAAUACCAGACUAAGUGAGGCUAAAGCAACAAACACUUUGAGUGUAUAAAACACAUACAUUUUAUGGCCCGUCAAUACAAAAUGUGUCAUUUGUAAGCGAGAAAGAUUGUUCUUAUUUCCUCUUUUUUUCAAUUCCAUCGUCUCACAAGGACACAAUGAGGGCCCAGAUUUCACGAAUUGUUGUAUACCUGGUGUAUUUGUGAUAUGUGAAGCCUUUAGUUUGGUUGUACGACAACAUAAGGGGAUUUAAAAUCAUGUCUUGUUCAAAAAUAAAUUGGAGUUCAGAUAUUAUCUUUCCCCAACUUCCCUUUAAACUUUAAAACAGAUGUAUAUACCGAUGUUAAAAUAUGCAUAAUUUCAUAGAUAAGAGUAUUGCUAUGUUAUGAUGUUAGCGGAGAUGAUUUGGCAUCCCGCCAUGCAGCUAUUUACUGUACCUGUCCUAAAUAUUGAAUUGUGGAGGAUGGUCUUCAAUAAUUACAGAAUUUGACAAAACAACAGAAAGGCUUUUAUUCCCAACUAAACAUAAUAAAAAGAAAAACAUUUCUACAGACAUAAAAAAAUAUUUAAAAUAAAUUGGCCACUUGGUUUCGGAAGAAAUAGUUCACCAAAAAAAAGAUGUUUAAACAUUUUUGUAAGCUUACAAAGCACGAUAUUCAUGUUUUAACCCUCCUGUUACCUUCACAUUUACUAACAUAUUUUACCCUCGGGGUCAAUUUGACCCCAGCAAUUAAAACCUCCAGAAAAUUAUUAGAAUUAAUAUUGUUUCCCAAGUUUAAGUGUGAGGUACUUUAUGUUUGUUUGUUGACUACCUAAAUAGCCCUUUAAAUAUAUAAAAAAGUUGAUAUUUCUUAUAUGUUUGACACAGUGAAAAACAGCCUGGGGUCAAAUUGACCCCAAAGAACACCGACGUUAAACAUUGAAUGGGGUCAAAUUGAUCCUAAAGGUAACAGGAGGGUUAAGUUCAUCACCAAAAGAGUUCCAUAAAUAAAGUCCACAAUAUGUGUUUUGGUGCGAUUUAGUUGGCAGAUGGCCUAAAAGUGACUAAAGCUGGGAGUCAACACGGCUCUGAUAGAUGGCCACCGUCUCUCUGUGGCAUGGCCGGCUAUUUACACUGUAAGCUCUGCACUGUUUACGUUUGGACUUCUUUUCGGCGAUAAAAAAGAUUUAAAGGAGGUUGUUUUUGCAGAGAUGUGCUAGAACCAGAACAAUCUAAAGCAAAUCCAACAUGAUUCAAGUCUCACCGGGUAGAAGGAGCCAUAUUUGGAACCUAACUGGCUCAUAUGCAAGAGAAUAUACCAUUACUUUCCCUCCCACGCGCACCACUGCAUGAUGGUGCUUCAGCCUUAUCUGCUCUCCGGGUCUCCUCGGCUCAGGCGGCUCGGCCCUGAAGUGAUCACUGGGGGCCGGUGUCUUCCUCUGUGUCACACUGCUUAAAAUCUGGGUUAGCUACAGCGCAGCACCCAGGGGGAGGCUCUUUGCCAUGUCUCCCUGUCAAAUGGACACAGUGUGGGAAGAGAGGAGGGGGGGGGUGCAGACUCAGCACAGAAGUGCAGUGUGUCAGGGCCUGCAGCAUAAGAGAGUCCUGGCUACGUUCACCCAUUUGUUUUGCAUAUAGACACAUAUGCACAGUCAUAGCUACACAUCCCUCAAGACACAUCGGAUGCUGUGGGUGACGGCGUAUUAAAUACAGCAGGCACACAGCCAGUCACCUCUUGCAUUGUGUCUCUCGUUGGAUCGGACACUAACAAAUUCCCCUCUUGUCGCCGGAAGCCGAGCUGGAGUGCCGGCGCAGGCACCUGUUGCAGCAGAGCAGGCGAGGCGUGAUAGAAAUGCUUGUUUACACGAGAGAGAGAGUGAUCGGUGUGAAAACAAAAAGCUGCAGGUGACGGAGUGACGAACACUCGACAGAAUGACGAGUGGAGGAAAAAGACAAGGGGAAGCUUCACACACUGUGGCGGCUGCUGUUUUCCUCGUUUUCUUGACGAAAAAAGGCAGAAAUGCAUUAAAAAUCCUGAACGUUCCUAAGAUUUAUUCCACAAAUAUCCCAUGAAAGUGAGGAUACUGUCACUCAUAACAUAAUUAUGUGUGUGUUAUGUUGCUAUAUUUUAGCUUGGCAAGCGUUUUUGGUAUUUUGUGGGUUGAAUUAUGUUGUCUAGGUUUCAUAGAAUACUAUUGCAGCGAGCAGCAGCAUUUGAAUUGCGUGAAUAUCUUUAAAAAAGAAGACACAACAAUACUUACACGCAUGCAGUGAGUUCAGGCUCGUUAACUCACUCCUCCAAGUGUUGCUUCAUGCCCAGCUGUGUCCAAUUAACUGAUUGGGUCAUUGCUUAUGUUGUGGAAAGUAGUCCACAUGUGUACAUAUUUAAGAAGAAUAUAUUUAAAAAAGACCUAUUCCAUAAUGAAAAUAAUUUUUCUAAUUCUUCAUUAAUGGUCAUACUAGCACAUCUCAUGGUUUUCUGAUGUUGGACACGGUUAAAAGCUCCAGGAACACCUCCACAGUGAAUGUUUUAUCAAGAGUUCUUUUGAGAAUUAAGUUUUAAUGAACCUUUAAACAUAUUUAUGGAAUUUGUAGGAUUUAAAGCCCCUUACUGCUAAUAAAUCAACCGUUGCUGCUUGAGGCGAUACAUCUAGUCAUUAUUAUAAAUAUGAUUAUCACAUUGUUAUUGCUCAUUCACCUGCUUUGUUGUUGCUUUUCAUUGACAUAGUUGUAAUAAAAUGCCAUAAAACUGGUCAAAUGCGAUGAAACCAUGACCAUAUCAAUUGUUUCUUCCAUCGUGGAUGCAAACGUUUAAAAUCAGAUAAUUCUUCAUAUUUCAUCUGCCACGCGUUCGCCCGUCUGACCCCGAUUUGGUCGUGUGGGUUGAAUGUUUCUUUUGUCAGAAUAAAAGUGCCCCGAGCAGCCAUCGAGGGAUUCCCGUGGCCUUACACUGCCUCACAGCCUGCUGCUGAUGAGGUUUUAUAGAGUUACAAAAUAAAAAAUAAAAUAAAAGGUUUUGUUUUCAACCUCUGCACCAGAGGUGGAUAAGGCGCUCUGAGCUGUUUAUUAUCGUGGUUUAUAAAGGGGGGGGGGGGAAUAUAGUUUGCAUACUGUGAAUUGUUUCCAUCCCCACCACAAGUAGUUAAUUUUUAAGCAAUACAAUCUGAUGUAAAUCUGGGCAUGGCUGCGGCAGAUUUUCCCAACCCCCCUCUCUCAAUCCCUCCCCAACACUCGCGCACGCACACGCACACUGCUGCUCCACCAAAAAUAUUUUUUUAUACAACGGUGGGGGCUCCGGAGAAUAUAAGGUGGCCAUAUUUGAUAGAUUUGUGUCGGGCUCUGCAAUGCAGAGAGAGAGGAAGAGAGAGAAAGAGAAAGAGAGAGAAAGAGAGAGAGAGAGUUGUUGUGUGUGAUGUUGCAAGUGACACCGACAACAGGCAAGUUUGAUUCGGACUUGGAGGGGGGGGGGAGUAACACACAAGUAACACACAAGUAACAAUGUAACUUACAUGCAGUCACACACCCCUUUCUCUUGUAACAAUGUGUACGUUUUUAAGGAGGGAGGGGGCGCGCACAAGGGAGAAGGAGAGACGGAGAGAGAUAGAGAAAAGAGGAGGGGGGUGCGUUCUGAAAUAAUAGUCAGCCAUUUUUUAUGUAAGGGGAUUUUUUUUCUUAUUGGGGGGGUUGUUAAAAAAUAAAUAUAAGAGGGCGGCCAUCUUUGUUGCUCUGCCUAGUGUAAAAUAUUUCAAAACGCCCCCCACUUUUUUUUCCGUGCCGAUUUGAAUAUUAAAUAAAUAUCACACAUUCGGGGCAAGAAUACGCUUUUUUGAAUACGAGGACGGAUCCGAUGACGGGAAUAUAAUAAUGUCCUCUCCUCUCCGGUCCUGUGAGGAAGACGAGGGCAUGGUGGUUAAUUCCGAAGGAGGCGAUUUUGAUGAAGAAGACGACGACGGAGACGGAGACCAGAACGCAAGCGACAUAAACUCGCCGGCGGCGCCUCGGGAAACUGCAACACCAGCCGCGGCGCCAGCCGAAGAGCCCAAGAUACCAGACAGAGACGUCCCGUGCAAAAAGAAAGGACGACCGAAGAAAAAGAAGGACACAAAGAAGAAAGACAAAGAGUUGAAACCGGUGAAAGCAAAAAAACGCAAGAAGAUUGGCACUGAUGUAGAGAGAGACUCGGACCGAGAAAGAGACUUCGGAGAGAACUCGGACAGCGUCGUCAGCGACUAUGGCUCCGGAGAGAAAAAGAAGAAGAAGAAACAUAAAGAAAGGAAGGAGAAGAAAACCAAGAAGAAGAAAAAGGUCGAUGGGGACAGCAGCCAAGAGGAAACCAUCAAGCCAAUAGAGCAGAAGACGUCAGCGCAGCUGGCGAAGGAGUGGGGUCUGGAGGAUGUUGAUCAUACCUUCACAGAGGAGGACUACAGGGAACUCACCAACUACAAGGCCUUCAGCCAGUUCACGAGACCGUUGAUCGCCAAGAAGAAUCCUAAGAUCCCCAUGUCGAAGAUGAUGACCAUCCUGGGGGCCAAGUGGAGAGAGUUCAGCACUAACAACCCCUUCAAGGGCAACGCGGCCGCGGUGGUGGCGGCGGCCGCGGCUGCCGCGAUCGCCGUCGCCGAGCAGGUCUCUGCAGCGAACGCCUCGCCUCCGCCGCCGCAACCGCCGCCGCAACCGGUCAGAAAGGCCAAGACGAAAGAGGGCAAAGGCCCUGGCUUUAAAAAGCGCAGUAAAAGUCCUCGAGUGCCAGACAAGAAAAAGGCUGCGGCGGCCAAGGCUAAAAAGAUGGCGCCCAUCCGCAUCAAACUAUCGCCGAUAGGCGCCAAGAGGAAGAAGAGUUGCUCGAGCGAGGACGUGGAGGAGGACGAGUCCGAGCAGGAGGACUCCAGCGUCCACAGCUCGUCCGUUCGCUCCGACAGCUCCGGGCGCGUCAAGAAGAACAAGCCGGGCCGGCCCGCCAAGCGGAAGAAGAAAAGCACAAUCCCGGGGGAGGAGGAGGGGGGCGACGGCUACGAGACGGAUCAUCAGGACUACUGCGAGGUGUGCCAGCAGGGCGGGGAGAUCAUCCUGUGCGACACUUGUCCUCGAGCUCACCACCUCGUCUGCCUCGAGCCCGAGCUGGACAAGGCCCCCGAGGGCAAGUGGAGCUGCCCGCACUGCGAAAAAGAGGGAAUCCAGUGGGAAGCAAAGGACGAGGACUUUGAGGACUUCGAGGAGGAGAGCGAGGACAAAGUGAUAUCCGAGGUCAGCGUCGGGGUCCCCGUCGAGGUGGAGGACGAGGACGACGACCACAUGGAGUUCUGUCGGGUGUGUAAAGACGGGGGGGAACUGUUGUGCUGCGACACCUGCACCUCCUCCUACCACAUCCACUGCCUCAACCCGCCGCUGCCAGAGAUCCCCAACGGAGAGUGGCUGUGUCCGCGAUGCACGUGUCUGCCAAUCAAAGGGCGAGUCCAGAAGAUCCUCCACUGGCGAUGGGGCGACCCUCCGCCCCCCAUCCCCAUCCCCACCGCUCCUGACGCUCCGCCCGAUGCCCCCCCGCCGCCACCAUUGAAGGGCCGAGCCGACAGGGAGUUCUUCGUCAAGUUGAUGGGGCAGUCCUACUGGCACUGCACCUGGGUCACUGAGCUGCAGGUCGAGAUCUUCCACUCUGUGAUGCACAGAAACUACCAGAGGAAGACGGACAUGGACGAGCCUCCCUGCCUGGAUUACGGGUCGGGCGCGGAGGACGAGAACGCCGUGGGAAAGAACGAGAAGAGGAGGGCCAAGGACCCCCAGUACGCCAUCAUGGAAGACAAGUACUACAAAUAUGGCAUCAAGCCCGAGUGGAUGAUGAUCCACCGCAUCAUCAACUACAGCGUGGAUAAGAAGGCGACGUACCACUACCUGGUCAAGUGGAGAGACCUGACCUAUGACCAGUGCACCUGGGAGAGAGAUGACCUGGACAUCCCCGACUUUGCUACUUACAAAGGCAACUACUGGAGACACAGAGAUGCGACAACGAAGGAGGACGCGGAGAAACCCCGGAGGAUGAGGAGCAAGACCCAGGAGGGCGAAGAGGAGCCUCUGGCCUCUCCGGUAACUGAUCCAACGAUAAAAUACGAGGAGCAGCCCGACUUUGUCACGUCGACCGGCGGGACGCUGCACCUGUACCAGCUGGAGGGUCUGAACUGGCUCCGGUUCUCCUGGGCUCAGGGCACAGACACCAUCCUGGCCGACGAGAUGGGCCUCGGCAAGACCAUCCAGACCAUCGUCUUCCUCUACUCGCUCUUCAAAGAGGGCCACACCAAAGGUCCGUUCCUGGUCAGCGCUCCGCUCUCCACCAUCAUCAACUGGGAGAGGGAGUUUGAGAUGUGGGCGCCCAACUUCUACGUGGUGACGUACACGGGAGACAAGGACAGCCGAGCCGUCAUCAGAGAGAACGAGUUCUCCUUCGACGACACGGCCGUCAAGGGAGGGAAGAGGGCCUUCAAACUGAGGAGAGACGCUCCGAUCAAGUUCCACGUGCUGCUGACCUCCUAUGAGCUGGUGACCAUCGACCAGACGGCGCUCAAGUCCAUCGACUGGGCGUGUCUGGUGGUGGACGAGGCCCACCGCCUCAAGAACAACCAGUCCAAGUUUUUCAGGCGUCUGAACGACUAUAAGAUCGACCACAAGCUGCUGAUGACUGGAACUCCUCUCCAGAACAACCUGGAGGAGCUGUUUCACCUGCUCAACUUCCUCACACCGAACCGCUUCAAUAACCUUGAAGGCUUCCUGGAAGAGUUUGCCGACAUCUCCAAGGAGGACCAGAUCAAGAAGCUCCACGACCUGCUGGGGCCGCACAUGCUGCGCAGGCUGAAGGCCGACGUCUUCAAGGACAUGCCGUCCAAGACCGAGCUGAUCGUCCGAGUGGAUCUGAGCCCGAUGCAGAAGAAAUAUUACAAGCUGAUUCUGACCAAGAACUUUGAGGCUCUGAACUCGAAAGGUGGAGGAAACCAGGUCUCCCUGCUCAACAUCAUGAUGGACCUAAAGAAGUGCUGCAACCACCCCUACCUCUUCCCCGUCGCCUCCAUCGAAGCUCAAAGAACUCCAAACGGUGCUUACGAGGGGUCGGCCCUCAUUAAGGCCUCUGGGAAACUGACGCUGAUGCAGAAGAUGCUGAGGAAACUCAAAGAUCAGGGCCACCGAGUAUUGGUCUUCUCACAGAUGACUAAAUUGUUGGAUUUACUAGAAGAUUUCCUGGACCAUGAAGGUUACAAGUAUGAAAGGAUCGAUGGAAGCGUCACAGGGGCGAUGAGACAAGAGGCCAUCGACCGCUUCAACGCUCCUGGUGCUUGUCAGUUCUGUUUCCUGCUCUCCACCAGAGCCGGAGGUCUGGGCAUCAACUUGGCCACCGCGGACACGGUCGUCAUCUUCGACUCCGACUGGAACCCUCACAACGACAUCCAGGCGUUCAGUCGAGCCCACCGCAUCGGGCAGGCCAACAAGGUGAUGAUCUACCGCUUUGUGACGCGAGCCAGCGUGGAGGAGCGCAUCACCCAGGUGGCCAAGAGGAAGAUGAUGCUGACCCACCUGGUGGUCCGGCCAGGUCUGGGAUCCAAAGCCGGCUCCAUGAGCAAACAGGAACUGGACGACAUCCUCAAGUUUGGAACAGUGGAGCUCUUCAAAGAUGAAGUAGAACGCAUGAAGAACAGCUCGGGGGACAAAGGCGACGACGAGGGCAGCGUGAUCCACUACGACAACGUGGCCAUCGAGCGGCUGCUGGACCGCAGCCAGGACGCCACGGAUGACUCGGAGGUCCAGAACAUGAACGAGUACCUCAGCUCCUUCAAAGUGGCCCAGUACAUGGUCCGAGAGGAGGAUAAGGUGGAGGAGGUGGAGCGGGAGAUCAUCAAGCAGGAGGAGAACGUGGAUCCGGAUUAUUGGGAGAAGCUGUUGCGGCACCACUACGAGCAGCAGCAGGAGGACCUGACCAGCAAGCUGGGCAAAGGCAAGAGGAACCGCAAGCCCGUCAACUACAACGACGCCGCUCAGGAAGACCAAGGUAGGGACUGGGGGCGUGGACCCGGCGCCGUGUGGACCAGUAGCUCAAAGUGGCAUGCUGACAUUUCAGAUAACCAGUCCGAGUAUUCAGUGGGCUCCGAGGAGGAGGACGAGGACUUUGACGACCGGCCGGAAGGUCGAAGACAUUCCCGUCGCCAGUUGAGGAAUGAGAAGGAUAAACCUCUGCCUCCACUUCUGGCCAGAGUGGGAGGCAACCUUGAGGUGCUGGGCUUCAACACACGCCAGCGGAAGGCUUUCCUGAACGCGGUGAUGCGCUGGGGGAUGCCGUCCCAGGACGCGUUCUCCUCUCAGUGGCUGGUCAGAGACCUCAGGGGCAAGUCGGAGAAAGAGUUCAAAGCGUACGUGUCUCUCUUCAUGCGUCACUUGUGCGAGCCGGUGGCCGACGGAGCGGAGACGUUCGCGGACGGCGUGCCGAGGGAGGGCCUGUGCCGCCAGCCGGUGCUCACGCGCAUCGGCGUCAUGUCUCUCGUCAAGAAGAAGAUCCAGGAGUUUGAGCACAUUAACGGGCAGUGGAGUCUUCCAGAGCUCAAGUCUGAGGUCCUCAUAGACAAGUCCUCCUCCAGGGCCUCCUCUCCUGCCGUGAAGACCACCACGCCCACCUCCGAGGCCAGCUAUAACAACACACCUUGCACCUCCAAGCCAGCGACCCCUGCUCCAUCAGACAAGCUGGAAAAGAAUGGAAAGGAGGGAGAGAAGGAGGAGGAGAAAGAGGAAAGCGAAGCCCAGGCUGAUAAAGAGAGAGUGAAGGAGAAGGAAGAGGGGAAAGAGGGGGGCAGCAACAGGACUGCAGACCCCGACGAGCUUUCCUCUUUGACUAAAGACGUGGCACAAAACGUGUCCCCUUGUCAAAGAAACGACGGCAAAGAGGACAGCGACCUGAAAGAGGAGGGGAAGAGAGGAGUUGACAUUCUCUCCGCCACGACGGAGGAGAAAAAAGCACAGGAGGAGAGCAAAGAGGAGACGAAACAGGACGCAGAGGUCAAGGAAGAGAAAUCGGAAGGAGGAAAGACGGAGGGGGAGGAGAAGGAAAAAGAAAAGCGGGAGGAGACACCGACGGCAGCUGAAGCGACGGACGCCACGGAUAAGGCCGAGGUGUCGGCCGUGAAGAAAGAGGAGGUGAAAGGCGAGACGGAUGCCGGGAGAGAAGUCAGAGCAGCCAAAGAGGAUGCGCCCAAGGCCGACCUGAGGCCCCCCCCCGUGGAGCGGCCUCGCUUCAUGUUCAACAUCGCAGACGGCGGCUUCACCGAGCUGCACACUCUGUGGCAGAACGAGGAGCGGGCGGCCAUCUCUUCGGGGAAGAUGAACGAGAUCUGGCACCGCCGACACGACUUCUGGCUGCUGGCGGGAAUCGUGAUUCACGGCUACGCCCGGUGGCAGGACAUCCAGAACGACCCCCAGUUCGCCAUCGUCAAUGAGCCUUUCAAAUCACAGGCGAAUAAAGGCAACUUCCUGGAGAUGAAGAACAAGUUCCUGGCUCGACGCUUCAAGCUGUUGGAGCAGGCGCUGGUCAUAGAGGAGCAGCUGCGACGGGCCGCCUACCUGAACAUGACCCAGGACCCCAGCCACCCGGCCAUGGCGCUCAACGCACGCUUUACGGAGAUGGAGUGCCUCGCCGAGUCACACCAGCACCUCAGCAAGGAGUCGCUGGCGGGCAACAAGCCGGCCAGCGCCGUCCUGCACAAAGUGUUGAACCAGCUGGAGGAGCUGCUGUGUGACAUGAAGGCCGACGUGACCCGGCUACCGGCCACGCUGGCCAGAGUCCCGCCCAUCGCCGCCCGCCUGCAAAUGUCCGAGAGGAGCAUCCUCAGCCGGCUGGCGAGCAAGGGCACUGAGAUGCACACCCCCCCGCCCAUCCCUUCAGGACCCUACGCCACCCCUCACAACUACGGAGCCCCCUUCACCCCCGCACCCCCUAGCGCCCUACUCAUGGGAGGAGCCAACUACGGUCACAUGUCGCCCGGAUCCUUCAUAUCAGUGUUGAACGGGCCGUCCAUGUCUGUGAAGAAGGAGUGGGAGGCCGAGCUGCUCGUCAACCGGCAGGAGCAGCGCAGCGGAGAGGUCAUCUGCAUCGACGACUAGGCUGCACACACACACACACACACACACACUGAAAACCAUCUGUUACAAGAUAUCGUGGUAAACGCUGUUCAGAACAUUGGACUACACAAACAGUAUUAAAACUAAUUGAUUGACUAAGGGUGCACUCAUUGACCCGCUUGUUAUUGUACUUCACACACACAGACACACACACACACAUAUAUUCACGCCUCUGAAACUUUGCAGACUGGUACACCCCUAAAAACUACAAUCACACACACAUACAUACAGUGCAUAAACACACACACACACACAUAUACAGUGCAUACGAUCCAUAUUGUUUCAUAACUUCUUGUGACCUUUUCUCGUCUGCCUCAAACCAUUAUACUCCUCAUAAGUGGGCCUCUUCACACAGGCCUCCUCCUCUUGGGAUGCGUCUAACCUCACACACACACACACACACACACAACGCUCAACCAACCUCAAUCCGAGAAACCUUUAGAUCUCACAAUAAACCAUUUAAUCCUCCUCCUCACGUCAGGAAGCUGCAUGUAAAACUAAAAUAAUUUCUUCCGCCUCACUCCAUCCCCCUGACGCAUGCGCUAGUCACAACAAUGCUGUCUCGUGGAAAGGGGGGAACACAAUUAUAAAUUGGCGUCAAGCUGUGCCUACAGUCGUUUUAAUUCUGUUUCCAAUUCUCCCAGAAGUCCGAGCAGCUCCUGGUUUUUUUCUUUCUUUUAUCAGAGGUACAUGUUCGGAUGAAAACAAGCGCAGAUACGAUAACUAUAUUCAGGACUUGUUUGACCACAUUACUUAUUUGCCCCACCCCGCUUCCCGGGUUCUAGUUUAUGUAAAGAGCUUUGAGGUAUUUUGGGGGUUAUGAUGCUAUUUUUCAGUAACCUCAUAUGAAUGUUUAUUACCUUUUUAAUAAGAAAGUCAGUGUUAUUAAAACCCAUCCAUCACCUUGAACUCUCCUCUUGAUGACCCUCUCCUCCCUCCCCCCCCCCCACCCACAAGUUUCUAUUUCUUUCUACAAAAUCCUGUGAUAUACUUUGCAUAUUUAAACAGCUCAUUCGUGUUCUCUUGUGUUUUUACUCCCGCGAUUAUGAGCAUUGUCGUCGUCGUCGAUGUCGCUGUCGUUCUCGCCGUCGCUGUUUGAGAAAGAGCUUCUACCAAAAGAGACAUUUUUUUUUUGUUUUGUAAGGAUAAACGAUGGGAAAACGAUACAGUGUGUGCGACACGCCAACGCACCACUUCGCCAUGUUUGUCCCAUAAUUACAAGAGAACACAAACGAAGAAGUUGAGCUAACUUCAGAGGUAGAAGAUAUAUUACAAGAAAACGUGCUUUUCUUGCUUACUUUUUAGAUUUGGGGCUUGCAAAUGACAUAUACAUAUUUAGAUAAUAGGCCAUAUGUAACCCUAAAUGCUUCUAUGGGCAGAGAGAAAAUGUAUACUAUCUUACAUGAGUUAAAAGACACAGUUAUUAUCUGGAAAAUCGAAGGCUGGAAAUCCAUUUUAUAUACCGCAUCAUUAAAAAAAACGCCUUAAACAUAGCGGAAGAAAUGUAAAAUCAUCAAACUGAAUUAAGAACCUGAUGUCAACCUGUAAAUCCAAGUCAGAGUCUGCUUUUAAGUUACACACAUUUAAAAACAGAUAGUUACUGUAGGAGUUAAUUUAUCUCAUGAACCCAGGACAUUUUGCGCUGAUCUUUCCAGGUAUUAAGUUUUAAAAAUUGUGUUUCAUAUCAAAGUUUUUGCAACCCCUGAACUAAAAUGUUCAAAAGCACUUAGUUCUUUUUUCCACUUUUAUUUUGUCCUCUCUCCAGAUUUCUGUGUUGAUUUCUAGGUAUCUCGUGUCACUGUAUGUCGUGGUGCCGAUGAACUGAUGAGUGGCAGUGAAACAUGUCGAUGAUGAUGCAUCUUUUUUUUCUUUCUUUCUUUUUUUGUUUGUAAUAAAACUGAAUGAAAUGAUACAAAG